AUGUUCUUAAUUUUGCUAGUUUCUGUCUUUCUCGCUUGGUUAGUCGUAAGACAAUACCAGAAAGUGUCAAGACUUCCACCUGGACCAGUUUCUCUUCCACUAAUCGGAAAUCUACCGCAAAUUGUGUAUUAUCUCUGGUCAACAGGAGGAAUUGUACCAACUUUCGAUCUUUUUAGAAAGCGAUAUGGAAACAUUUUCACAUUGUGGCUCGGUCCAAUCCCCUAUGUGAGCAUUGCCGACUACGACACUGCUCAUGAAGUGUUUGUGAAAAAUUCCAACAAAUACGCCGACAAGUUUAUUGCUCCCCUGUUCCAAGCGAUCAGAAACGAUAAAGGAGUAGCGGGAACAAACGGAGAACAUUGGCAAGAAAUGAAGAGAUUUGUAUUGCAAACAUUCAGAAAUAUGGGAGUUGGAAAAGAUGUCAUGGAGCUGAAGAUUAUUGAGGAGUUGGAUGCAAGAUGCGCGGACAUUGACAAAGCCGCUGUGAAUGGAGUCACCAUCACACAAGCCUCUGAUUUCUUCGAUUUGACCGUUGGAAGUAUUAUCAACAAUAUUCUAGUUGGAAGACGAUUUGAUGAAGAUAACAAAGAAGAGUUUUUUAAAGUUAAACAUUCUGCGGACUCCGCUAUUGAAAUUGUGUCUCUUUUCGACAUGAUGCUGCCAGUAUGGGUUUUGAAGACAUUCUUCAAAGCGCAUUAUGAUACUGUUAUCAAUUCCAAUGAAGAGACUAGAGACUUCGUGGGAAAAGAAGCGGAAAUUAGAGAUAAUCAAAUAAAAUCAGGCAAGUAUUCUAUCGAUGAAAACAACGUCAAAGACUAUACUGAUGCAUUCCUGUUAAAAAUCCAAAAAGAUGGAGAGAACAAAGAUUUCAAUAUCGAGACUCUCAAAACUAUGAUCAUUUUUGGAAAUCUCUUGCUCCGUUAUAAUUUCAAACCACACGGAAAACUGUCGACCGCUGACGUUUUCCCGUAUAGUUUUGCCAAGAGACCAUUCAAGCUGGAGAUGCAAUUUGUGAAAAUUAGAUCGUGA